AUGAGUUCCUUCUUUAAAAAGUUUCAGCUCCUAAAAAGGAAGCCUGUGGACAGUGAAGAGACCAGUUCAGAGCAGAGGAAAAAUGAACAAGAAGGCCCCAGCCAGGCCCACCAGCCCUCCAGCUCCCACGACCCAGCCGCCCGGAGAACAUCCCUGCUGCUGCCCCUCCUGAUCAAACCAACUACUUCCGCUACCACAGAGGCAAGGAAGAAGCCACUGCAGCCACCGCUGGUCCUGCCUGAACUGCGCCAACCUAGCAGGACCGGCUCAGAUGAAAGGCGUCCGCAUCCGCCAGAGAAGACCAAGGGGGCGAGCACGUUGCCGAAGCUGCCCGUUAAGGGAGCUAAAACUAGCAGCAGCCCCGCAGGGAAAAAACCCCUCCCAAGUGCCUUAGAAAAGCCAGCACAGCCAGAAUUUGCUGAUGAAAAGUUCCGAUACAUCUGGGACAGCAAGGUCUUGCCUCGUGGGAGGAGCCUGCGAGAAGCUGUCGAGAUGCUAGACGAAAAAGAUAUUCUGGACACCAUACUUUCUCACCUCCAGCAGAUGGUUCAGGGUUCCACCAUAGAGCCUACUAUACAGGUUGGGAGGAAACGGAUGGGGCUGCUGAAGGAGGCAGAUUCCAACCACAUAGCAAUCAUGGGCCAAACAAAACUCCAAAAAGCUUCUAGCAAGGAAAGGUUUUCCCUUUAUAGAUAUUAUGGGUCGAAGCUACGAGAUACAAAACACAAGGAGCUUGUUGGUGAAUCUCUGCAUGUGCUUCUUGAGUUUUCGACACAAGACGAAGACAGUCGAGUGGGUGCUUCUGAAGCCAUUGGCCUGGCUGCCUUUAGCCACCUGAGGGAGGUCCUGGUAGCACUGCGGGACUACGGGAACAUGGUCUAUGCACGGAAAGCACUGCAUGCAGUGAAGAUGACAGAGGAUACAAAGAACUGCGAUGCCAACCAGGUGCGAACAACCCUGAUUCUCUGUUACGGGCAUGCAGCUGUGGGGGCAAGGCCAGAGGAUCUAACAAGACUGACAGAAACAAUAAUCACGGAGAUUAUCGCUCAGUUCCGUGGGGGCCACAAGGACGAAGUGUUGAAGAAAACCUUUCUGAAGGCUGUGGUGAUGGUCAGCAAAGCCUUCCAGAAUAGCCAGAAGGAAGACGUCCUUUUCCCUCACAAAGCUGAAGUGAUUCUCUGCAUCAUUCAAGUGAUUGAUGAAGAGCCAUUGGGGUCAGUCUGCAUCACAGUCCUCCACCAAGCCAUAAUGACUGUCAUUUCCAUGACUCUCCUAAAGCCCCCCCUGGAUUACGAAGUGAGGUCCGACCUGGUGCAGAAGAGUGUCAAGAAGAUCUUCUCACUGCCAGCUCUGAAAAUGACCAGGCUGAAAGCAGGCAGCACCAAUCACUUGGCGCAAACACAGGACUUCUACCUGCAGACUAUCAAUGCCUGCAAUAUCAUGCUCACUAGCUUGCUGUCUGAGACCCCCAAUAUGGAUGGACUACAGGAAAUACUGAUUCAUACGAAUAGCUGGGUAGAGUCAGGAAAUACCAACGAAAGGGAAAGGGCUGUGAAAAGCACAACUCACAUCCUGAAGUUUGCUUCAGAGCACCUAGAUUUUGAUCUGUCACAGGAAUUUUCCUUGCUUGGCCAGCUGGUGGCGCUACUGGCCCUUCGGACUGUGGACAAUGUGAAAGAGAUUGGUCAGCAGGCGGCGGAAGCCAUCUACCACCUCCACUACAUUGCCAUAAGCAAAAUGGUUAAGGAUAUGGAGAGCAAGCGGAAGAACAAGAAAGGGCAUUCUGUGAAAUGGCUUCGAGAAGAUUUUUUCAUUCCAGGCCCUUCUAUCUUCUAUAACAACAUUCCGAAAGUGGCAAAGGCAUUCGGGGAGCACCUUACUACCAGUCAGAUCACAGAUCUGGUGCUCAAAGUCUUCGACAAUCUGAUGCAUGAAGAAAAGGUUGUUUCCCAGGCUGCAUCCCUCCUGCUGAGCUCUUUCAUGGAGGAGUGUGGAAUGGAUCUGGAAGAUUUACCCAUGAUCAUCGGGGAAAUUCACAGCCGCCUCAACAACAUCCGCGAUGCAGCUACUAAAGAGGAGACUCUAAAGGCCAUUCGCAACCUGGCUUCCAAACGCAUCAACGGAGUUGUGGACUGCCUCCUAGAAAGCUCUGUAGAAUGUGAUAGCAAUGCCAUGGAGCUGUGGAAGAUCUUGAUGAAUGACCCGUAUUCCAGCGCCAAGCUCUUGAGCCCGCUACUGAAACGGCUGCAGGGGGAAGACCCCCUCUCGGAAUCCGGUCACCGGCGGAACAGCAAACUCUUCAUGCCUUUGGCGGCCACCAACGCCUUGCGCUGGAUCCUGUCCCUACCGGAGGCUUUUGAUGUCGUCCAGAACAAAUUCCCACACCUGCUUCUUGCUCUGUGCACUCAGAUCUACUAUGCCCUUGGGUCAGGCAGGAGAGGGUCCAAACGUUCCAAUAAUUCAGAGUACAUGGAACCCCCCAGCGCAUUGGGCUCUGCUGUGCAGGCUCUGAAGAACUUAAUCUCCUGCAUGGGCUACAUUAGGGAGUACAACAUUUUGGGCAUGCAAGGCAGUUGGGAGAAGUUGCAGCACCCGGAUACAUAUUUUGAAGCAGUUUUCCACCUCAUAAGGACGCUGUUCACAUUCUCCAAAUGGCACCUCAAGGUGAUGUUCAAACAGGCCAAUGCUUAUCUGCGCCACAGCGAACCUAAAGAGAAGACGGUCGGGAUGGCUUUCUUCACCGAGCUCCUGUUCCACGAAGACAUUGGCGUGCUGUUUGUGAAGCAGGACAUCCUGGACGUGCUCCGGGAAUGGAUGCUGCAACCUGGUCCCCUCAAGCAGACCUUCAGCAUUCGAGGACUUGGCCACCUGCUCCAGUUCCCCCUGGAGGACGAGAAUCUGGAGCCCCUCCUCCCUCCUCUGAUAAGCUGCGCCUUUGACUCAGACAGAAAUAUUGCAAAAGAGUCGAUCAAAACCCUCCGGUAUAUGUUCCGGCACCUGGCGGUGGAAGACUAUGGGUCAACGGUUGUCAGCCUGAUCCCUCACCUCCUGAAAUACUUCAACGACGAAGACAAUGAGGUGCGAGGUGACGCCAUCGAUCUUUUCGGGACCUUACUCAAAGGGGCGGCUAUUUCUGACGGCAACCGGCACAGUCUGAAGGAGGAUGUCUUGAUGUGCCAAGUUCCCCUCUUGAUUCAGCUGGGAGAUCCAUUUACCAGAGAGGUCUCUCAGGAUGUUCUCUUCACUUGUACCAACUUUAUGAAAUGGGGAGAUGUGCCAUCGGGUCUUUUUGUGAUUGAGAAUUAUGCCAACCUCAGUUCUGCAUAUGUGAACAUCUGCAAGUAUCUUCUACGGAAAUCUAAACACAAGUUGCCGGAAAUGCUAGCCCUGACGAUGCCGUACUUAAAGAGCAAGUACGCUUGCUACCGAGAGGCAGCGGCCCUGUUAAUAGGGAACUAUGCUCCAUACAUGAAGGGCAAUGGGAUGAACAUGAAGAUUGAAGAUACUUAUUUAGCUGUCCGGGAGCUACAGAGUGAUAGCGAAACCACAGUAUCCAACGCAGCUAUUGCUGCUAUUGAGCAGCUGUUCCAAUACUGUGGUAACCAGAUCAGUCAGCAUCUCAUUCCUCACCAGCUCAUGCGGGUCUUCAAAUCAAGCCAGGAAAAGGCGAAGCUGGAGGAGAGGAAAUGA